AUGCCGGACGCUGCCGCACGCGCGCGCGCCGCGGAGGCGGAGGUGGAGGCAGAGCUGGUGGGGUGGGUGCACGUGGCCAACGAGCUGCUGCUGGACGGCGCGCGGCAGACGCUGGCGCGGGUGGAGGAGCCGUCGCGGCGGGCCGAGGUGCAGGCGGCGUACGUUGAGGGACUCGCGGCGCUGCUCCACUCGCACGCCGCCACCGUGAGCGCCGCGCUCUUUGCCGCCGCCGCGGAAGCCGCAGCACAGGCGGAGCUUGAGGAGGCGCGGGCCGCCGAGAGAGGACGGGCCGACGCGGCGGUGCGGGAGCUGGCGCGGCAAAAGCUGGCGCUCGAGCAGGAGGUUGCGGCGCUCCAGGAGGAAGCGCGGCGGGCGGCGGAGGCCGUGGGGGCCGCCCGCCUCGACGCCGACACGGUGCAAGGCGCGGUGGCGCAGGAGCGGCAGGCGCUGGAGUCGCUGCGGGCGGAGGAGGCGCGACAGCGGGAGGAGCACGAGCGUUGCAUGUCUGCGGCGCGGCAGGAGCUGCAGCAGGCGCAGGCGGAGUUCGCCGCGGAGAGGCAGCGGGCGCAAGCGGUGCGGCAGCAGCUCCGCCUGCUUGCGGCCACCCUCGCGCAGCUUCGCGACGGGGAUGAAGCGGCAGCAGCGGCGGCAGCGGCGAAAGCGGAGGGGGAGGGCGGGGAGGAGCCGAUGGCGUACGAAGAGCCGAGCGAGAGCCUCCGUCAGCUGCUCGAGGAGCUGGUGGAGUACGCGGCGGUGGCGCAGCGGACGCAGCAGGAGCUGCAGGAUGAGGCGGCGCAGCUGCGCGAGCAGCUGCUUGCGGCGCAAGAGCCACCGCCGCGCCACAGCGGGCCGCAGCCGCUCUACCAGCGCAUUCUGCCGCCCCCCGCGGUGAGCCCCGCGGCCCGCACACUGCAGAGCGUGCGGGAGCAGGUGCGGGAGCUGCGACCGCAGAGCGCAUUGACGCCCUGCGGCGUCGUCAACACUCCGCGACUUUCGAAUAGGCGGCAGCAGCAACAUUUUUGCGGCGUUGUCAGAGGCGAGGCUCCUGCCGCGUCCUCGCUCGGGCCGCUGUAUCGGACGCCAAACGCUCGGCUCCCGGAGGAGGCGCCGUCCCCGGUGACGGCGUGGCGGGAGCGGAUGGCCGCACUCAGGGCGGAAUUGCACGACCUUCGCCGGGAGAUCGGCAGCUGA